AUGACGAGGCUCGGCCUGGACGACGGCGCCGACCUCGAGGACGACGAUUGGAACGACGAGUACGACCUCGACGGCGAGUUCGACGGAGAGGACGCGGAUCGCUCGUUCCGCGACGACGCCGACGCCGCGAAUCUCGAGCGCGAGAACGCGGGCGACGACGAGGAAGCGGAGGCGAGGAGGCAAGUCGACGCGGAGCUCGAGAUGAACCUGCGCCGCGCGGAGCUGCAUCACGUCGAGCUCGAGCUGAAGCUCGUGCAGUCCGAGGAGGAGGUCCGGAACGCGAAAGAGGCGCUGCAGAAAGCGGAGGCGGAGAGAGAGGCGUUCCAACGACGCGCGCAUCAGGCGUGGGAGGACGUCGGCGUCGCGGAGAAGCUCAUCGAGGACGAGCGCGCGCGACGGGAGGAGGAGGACGCCGCGCGCGGCCUCGCGGAGAGACAGGCGAAGGCCAUCCUACGCGCGGACGAGUGGCGGCAGAAAGGGAACGAGGCGUACAGACUCGGGAACAGCUUGGACGCGGAGAGGCACUACAAGGACGCGAUCGACACGUUGGAGUCGUGCGGCAUCACGUUAGAGGAGCCGUCGCAUCUCACGCUGCGGACGAACCGAGCGGCGGCGCUCAUGGCGCUCGGACGGAUGCGCGACGCGCUCACGGAGUGCGAACUCGUGCUCGAGAUUAACCCGUGCAACGUCCGCGCGCUGUCCCGCGCGGGGAACUGCUGCGUGAAGCUCGGGGAUCUCGCGGCGGCGAGGAAGCACGUGGACGGGAUAUCUCUGUCCCCCGACGCGACGGACGAGGACUUGAACGCCGCGUUGGAGCAGCACCAAAAGAUAAUCACGGCGUCCGUCGAACGCGACCGGCUCGUCGGGAACGACGCGUACCGGAACGGGGACUACCUCGAAGCGCUGCGGUGGUACGACGCCGCGAUCGACGCGGGCAAGGAGGCGAAAGAGACGGAGAGCGUGAAGACGAUCAAGGUGGGGCUGCACACGAACCGCGCGGCGGCGAACUUGAUGAUCGGGAAGCCGCUCCCGGCGGCGGAGGAUUGCUGCGCCGCGCUUCGCCUGGACGGGACGCACACGAAAGCGCAGGUGCGCCUGGCGCGGUGUUUGCUCCAGCUCGGCGACUUCGUGGAAGCGAGGCAAGAAGCGAACGACGUCAUCGCGCGCGCGAACGCGGAGCUGCAGAGCAAAGCGGAGGCGAAGAACGUGCUGCGGGACGUGGAAAUCGCGGAGGGCGCGAUGACGGACGUCGGGGAGGCGUUGAAACGCGCGGAGAUCACGACGCGCUGCGGCGCCGACGCCGACCCCGCGUUCGACGUGCACGCCGCCGCGACGAAGGCGCUGGACGACCUCGACGUCGCGAUGGUGAUCGCGCCCGCGGUGCCGGACUUUAUCACCCUGCGCGCGGAGGCGUUGAGGCUCGUCGGGAAGAUCGAGGAAGCGCAGGCCAUCGUGAACGGGAAGAAGAGCGUCAACGCGCGGAGGAAAGCCCUGGAGGUGCGCCUGCAGUUCGACCUCGGGAACGUCACGUCGUGCGUCGAAGCGGGCGAGCACGUGGUCGACCUUUUGCAGAUGCUACCCGCGCUGAGAGCGGCGGAAGAGAAGAACAAGAAACGCGAAGAAGCGGGCGGCGACGCGAACGAAAACGAAAACGACGACGAAGACGAAAACGAGGACGAAGCCGCGCUCGCGGAGCUUGCGUCCAUCCCCGACCCCGAAGGUCUGUCGCAGCUCCUCGACCGCGCGAACAAGGUCUCGGAGUUUAAAGACGAAGGCAGGGACGCGUUCUUCCAAGGGAACCACCAGCACGCGCUGGCGAUGUACCAAGAGUCGCUUUUGAUGGCGAAAGGCGCGCCGAUGCUCGAAGGCCUCUUCCUUUCGAACAUUUGCGCAUGCGAGCAAGCGCUAGGGAGGUUCGCGGACGCGCUGUCGUCCGCGGGGACCGCGGUGAGCAUCGCGCCGACGUUCGUGAAAGCGCACAGCCGCCUCGCGACGUUGUACACCGAGCUCGACAUGCUCUCUGACGCGGAGGCGGCGUACAAGACGAUGAUGAAGCUGCCGCUGGAAGGGAGCGAGGAGGCGCAGGCGCGGACGAAUUUAAAAGCCGUCAGCGCGAGGGCGAAGAACAGCCGCCCGGUGAACUGGUGCAAGCUCCUCGGCGUGGACGCGGCCGCGACGGCGGCGGAUCCGAGCAUCAAGAAAGCGUACCGGCAGCUCGCGCUGACGCAUCACCCGGACAAGGCUGGGAGAGGCGGCGUCAGCGCGCGCGUCGCCGCCGCGCGCGCGGAGAUGUCGAGCAAGCUCUUCAAGCUCGUCGGCGAGGCGCAGCGGAUCCUCACGAACCCCACGGAGAAGGCGAAGUGGGCGACCGCGAAGGCGAGGGCGGACAGGCAAGACGCGUACGCGUCGUCGCGGUCGACGUACUCGGAUCCGUUCGACAGCGGCGCGUACUCGCACUACGACUUUCAACAGCGCACGAGCUCGACGGGGAGGCAAUCCUCCCACUGGGCUUCCGAAUUCUACGCCGACGACGAAUCGGACGACGACUACUACGGCAUUUGA